AUGGCCUUCAACUUCAACUGGUCGCCGCUGACGGCCGACGCCGAGUUCUAUCAGCGCGCCCGCGAGAUGCUCACAACUGCCCUGAACAAGUCUCCGAAGCCGCCGAUUAUCGUCGAUGACAUCCUCGUUACCGAGUUCAACCUGGGCUCUGUGCCCCCCGAGCUGGAGAUUCUUGAGAUUGGCGACAUUGCGGAGGACAGAUUCCGAGGAAUAUUCAAAAUGUGCUAUUCUGGCGACGCCUUCCUGACGUUGAAGACCCGGGUUCAGGCAAAUCCACUGAAUACCUACCUAUCUUCUAAGCCAAGCUUCACAUCGCCCCAGCCAUUGGCGGCGGCAUCGGGGUUGACAAUCCCGCUGUCAAUCACCUUGUCCGAGAUCAAGCUCUCGGCUUUCAUCAUCUUGGUGUUUUCCAGGACGAAGGGGCUCACCCUGGUUUUCCGGAACGACCCGCUAGAAUCGCUUAAGGUCUCCUCGACCUUUGAUUCGAUCCAGUUUGUGCGCGAUUAUCUGCAGCGGACUAUCGAGGCCCAAUUGAGGAAUCUGAUGAUGGACGAGCUCCCCGCCAUCAUUCACCGCCUGUCUCUCCGCCUGUGGUGCCCCGAUGCAGUACCAAAGGACGAGGAUGCGUCCAAGGAGAACACUGAUGAGACCGUAGUGGACCCCUUGGCUAGCCCCCCAUUAGACCCCGUGGACGCGAAUGGCAACCUGCUCGAUGCGAACGACGUGUCGUCACUAUCGUUAGAGGGCGGCCCAGAGGUCCAAUCACUUUUCUCGCAGAAGAACCUGCUGAGACUAGCUGCACUGAACGACUCUCAUCGCACCUGCUCCCUCUUCACGCCGGGUAUCCGCGAUGUAGUUUUCAGGGCUUGGACCAGACCUGCAGCGUCUGAACCAAACAGUACCCCGCCAACCGCGACCCCUAGCUUGUCCAAGACGAACUCGUUCGCUGGGACGUCGACCACGUACACAUUCUCUGACACAGGUAGCGCAGCUCAUGGUCACCUGCCAUCCCGGCCGUCCAUGGUGAGCCUUAACUCGGCGACCACCGGACUGUCUCUGGGAGCUGGCAUUAGAUCGAAAUCGUAUGCAGGCCGGAAGAAGAAGAACAGAGUCGUCAACCUCCGUCGCACCCACAGCGAGGCGUCCACACCAGAGGCAAGCGACACUUACUCGGAUAUAGCGUCUGAUUCUGCUUCCGUGGCAGGCCCUUCGACCGAACCCCUCACAUCCUGCUCCAUUGCGGAGGAUCCUGAACAGGAGGAGGCCCUGGCAGAGCUGGCCAAUUCCACGCCGAGCAAGGUCCGCUUCAGCCCCGUCGAGAGACCCCAACUCCACUCCCGGCCUCCUUUGCAGCCCAACUUCUACGCUCCGCCCACCGAGGCUCUCAGUGCGCCUAUCAAACUCGAUAGCGCCCUCAAUGUGGAGACUACUCCGACGGCCCAACAGCCAGCCGACAAGGCUCGGACUUAUCCCAAUGAGAAGGGCGUUGCUGGCGAGAACUCGACUGUGUACGAGCAGGCCUGGAUCAUGAAGAUGGCUGGAGAGAUUGCUCGCCGUGUCUACGACGAGAAGAACCGUCAGCAGCAAGGCAUGUGGGACGAGAGGGAGGAUGUUCCCCCUCCGGCCUACGAAGCCUCAACCUAA